AUGUCGUCUACAGAAGUUCGGGAUCUGGACACAGUCCAACCCAUGUCGCCUCACCAAGAUGAUGAUGCGAAGAAGUACUCGAUGGAGGAGGUGGAGCGGGCACGCUCGGCGGCGGACGAAGUCGAUGAGAAGGGGGAACGGGAAGACUAUGGCAAGAUCGACCAAGAAGUCGCUAAAUACUCGUCGUCAGCUCGGAUUGAAAUAUCGCCCGAAGAAAACGAUAGACUUCGAAGAAUGAUUGAUAAACGCAUCCUGGUGGUCAUGAUCACGACGUAUUUCCUUCAGGCUAUUGAUAAAGGCACAUUGUCUUUUUCCUCGAUCAUGGGUCUGCCGAAAGAUACCGGCAUGCUUACUCCUGAGGGGAAAGUAAGCCAAAGCUUUUCGUGGUUGACGACUUGUAUUUAUAUAACCAUACUCGUCGUCGAGUACCCGCAGAACUAUAUCAUCUCCAAAGUUCCUGUUGCCAAGUAUCUUAGCUUUUCGAUCAUCGCCUGGGGUACUACACUUGCCUGCCACGCCGCCUGCAAGAACUUUGUUGGGCUCGUGGCUGUCCGUACGCUCCUGGGACUUUUCGAAUCGGCCUGCCAGCCUGCGUUUGUGAUCCUCUCCGCCAUGUGGUACAAACGUGAAGAGCAGGCCUCGAGGGUCACAUACUGGUACAUGAUGAACGGUGCGCAACAAAUUGUGGGUGGGCUUCUUGCCUAUUGCUUUACCUUGAUCACGGAUGGUCCUCUCAAGUCGUGGCAGUGGCUUUUCCUGGCUUACGGGGUCAUCUCCGUCAUAUUCGGAGUAUUCGUUCUCUGGUGGAUGCCCGAUUCCCCUAUGCGUGCUAAAUGCUUCAGUGAGGAGGACAAGCGUUUGAUGGUAGAACGUGUCCGAGGAAACCAGACAGGUCUGCAGAAUCGCGUCUUUAAAAAGGAGCAGGUUUGGGACGCCCUGACCGACUUUCAAACUUGGUGUUACGCCGGAAUUCAGUUCACGACGACUCUUCCGACUAGUGGUCUCGGCGCUUUCGCAAACUUGAUCAUCUCGGGUAACCUUGGAUUCACCAACCUCCAGACGCAGCUCUUGUCGAUGGUUCUCGGCUUUUACAUCAUUAUCGUACUAUUAGGGUCGGUCUGGUUGGUCAAGAGGUUCAACCAGAACAUCCUAACCAUGCUAGGCUUCAUUAUACCGUCGUUCGUCGGAACCAUUCUACUAAUGACUAUUCCCAACCAUACAUUCCCUCAGCACGUAGGAUUGCUCAUCGCCUACUAUAUCACUCUAUCUUUCUGGGCUGCGCAAACCCUUGGUCUUUCGAUGAUGUCUCGAAACGUUGGUGGGCAAACCAAGAAGAGCGUAGUGGUAGCCACAAACUUCGUCUUUUGGUCCGCUGGCAAUGCUAUCGGUCCCCAGGUCUUUCUCUCUCGCGAAGCUCCCAAGUACUUCACAGCUUUUUCGACCCACCUUGGUUGUUAUGCCUUUCUCGUCAUCAUCCUGGUGGUCUUCCGCUUCUAUCUUGCCAGGCAAAACAAGAAGCGUGAUCAGUUGGCAGCAGCCGGUGUCAGCGAGGCUCGUGACGAGAGGCUAGCGCAUGCCUUUGAGGACUUGACGGAUAGGGAAAACCCGAACUUUAGAUACGUAUAUUAG